AUGUCCGGAUCACCGUUUGGAAUUGCAGCUAAUGCAGAGGGUGGAUACGCUGUUGGGGGUAAACAGAAUCUGCCUUUAGGGAAGGCGACCGUAUGGGAUAAGAUACUAGGAAAUUUAGAUUACUUUCUUGCUACGGUAACACGCUCCAGUGAUCAAAAGCAGCUUGCUAAGUUGAGGAAGUACGGCGGUAAAAAGGCCGUGAUAGGAGAAGCAAGAUCACCAAAGUUUUAA